AUGAGUGCAUUAUUCCCCUCCAUGAGUAGAGUUGCUCCAAGAAGAUUAGCUACACAAGUGGCAUUCAGACCUACCGUCUAUAGAACAGUAAACCCCAGAACUGUACCACUAAUGAUGAGAUUAUAUUCAGACAAGGCACAAGAAAAAUCCGAAAAAACAGAGGAAAAUGCUAAUGAAAAUUUAACUGAGGAACAAAAGAAAAUCAAAAGUCUGCAAGAAGAACUUUCCGCAAAGACUAAAGAAGCUGCUGAAUUGAAAGAUAGUCUACUAAGAUCUGUUGCUGAUUUCAGAAAUUUACAAAAUAUUACUAAGAAAGAUAUUCAAAAAGCGAAAGAUUUCGCUCUACAAAAAUUCGCUAAGGAUUUAUUAGAAUCUGUUGAUAAUUUUGGUCAUGCAUUAAGUGCAUUCAAAGAAGAAGAUUUGGAAAAAUCAAAGGAGAUUGCCGAUCUUUAUACCGGUGUUAGAAUGACAAGAGAUGUCUUUGAAAAGACUUUGAAGAAACAUGGUCUCGAAAAGUUAGAUCCAAUGGGCGAAACUUUCGAUCCAAAUAAGCAUGAAGCUACUUUUGAAGUAGCUCAGCCAGACAAAGAACCUGGAACUGUUUUCCAUGUUCAACAAGUUGGUUUCACUUUGAACGACAGAGUCAUUAGACCUGCUAAAGUUGGGAUUGUAAAGUCCACUGACGAUAAUUAA